CAACCACGUACGGCACAACACAACUACCUUUUCUACACCGUCACGUUAUUAUAUAUAUUGCUGCUCUCUGUUCUCAGAAAUCAGAAGCCAGCCAGCCUUUCUCUCUCAUCAUUCACAAUGAAGUUUUUCAGUUGGGUGCAUCAUAAACUCGGUGGGAAGCAAGACACCAGAAUUCCUCACACUACCUGUAACUAUCGCGCAAAACAAGAGGCCCGAGAAGAAUUCAGCGAUUGGCCACAUGGUUUGCUAGCAAUAGGAACUUUCGGGAACAAGAAUGAAAUCAAAGCUAAUCCAGAGACCCAAAACGCUCAUGGGCAAGACGAUCCAUCAUCGUUAUCGGAUGAAAUAGUAGAUUUCACUCCUGAGGAAAUUGGGAACCUCCAGAAAGAGCUUAAUAAGCUCUUGCGACGAAAAUCCGAUGUGGAGAAGGAGAUCGCCGAACUCCCUCUAGAUAGGUUUCUCAACUGCCCAUCCUCCUUGGAGGUCAAUCGAAGGAUCAGUGAUGCUCUGUGCAGUGAGUCCGAUGAUAAAGGAGAAGAUAUCGAGAAGACACUUGGUGUCAUCCAUGGUAAAUGCAAGGACAUUUGCGCAGAUAAUACCAAGAAAGCAAUUGGGAAGAGGCCGAUCUCUUUCCUACUCAAGAAAUUGUUCGUUUGUACAAGCGGGUUUGCGCCGCCACCAAAUCCUAGAGAUAUCCUACAAGAAUCGAAAAUGGAAAAGCUUUUAAGGACAAUUCUUCACAAGAAAAUAUACUCUCAAACUUCUUCUCGGUCAUCUUCAAUGAAGAGGUGCCUAGAGGACAAGAAGGUACUACAGAGGAAUGAGGAAGAAACAGAGAAGAAAACAGAUGAUGGCUGUAAAUGGGUCAAGACUGAUUCUGAAUAUAUCGUCCUAGAGAUGUAAAUCUACCUCUAGUAGUUCCUACCUUUUUUAUUACAUGCUCAGGUGAGUUAUCUAAGAACCUUCCUAUUUCUAUAACUACACAUAAAUGAAGAUUGAUUUCACGCACUAAGUUUCGGGGAACAAUAAGUAAAGCAAGAGGUCUUCAACAGAGAAGAAUUGUAAAAGGUUAGCUCUUAAUCCAAACAAACAGUAUCAGCAAGUAAAAAAAAAAACUUUAUGGCCAUUUGAACUGAACCAUGUGCAACUUUAUCUGUACUUUUUACAUUUUGACUAAAUUAGAUUGUUAACACAGCAGAUGAUCCUAAUGCCCUCCGUCUAUGUAUUAACUUAAUGUCUUCCAUGUUUUGUACAUCCAAGUAUAGCAAUAUCUAACUUCACACACAAUAAUUUGCAGGUUUACAACCUUUGUUGUGCGGGUCUCAGGUUCAAUCAACAAGUUAAAGAUAUACAUAAAACUAGAUGGGAUUAUGGAGUGGAGCUCAGUUUUUUAAAGGGGAGAGUUCAUGUGUGACACUGCACCAACUUGGCAGGUGCAAAUGCGAAAGCUCUGUUUUGUUAGCACUUAGCAGUGCCAGCUUCCUCCUUUUUUCAUGGUUGUUUCUGCGGAUGCAGAGCAACUCAUGUUACGGAAAAUCGUAGCUUUGUAGUCAUCUGCACUCACAAUGCUACACAUUCUGAACACUUUAUACUAUGAUUAGUCGUCACACCACUUUUUUCUCUCCUGCUUUGUGAGAUUCUCUGUUUCUAAGAAGAUUUGGCGAUGAGUAAUCUUCAGAAUUAUGUAGUUCAGUAUGGUUUUGUUUCAUUGUUGGGUCUGAACAAGCUCUAUCUAUGACCUCCUACAGGUAAAUUCAAGUUAUACAAAAUAAAAGUCACAGUCCCUGUCCAAUAUGAGACCAGGAGAUUUUUGCGACCGGUGCCAUAAAUUUAGUGAUUUAUUAUUUGUCAUCA